UUCUGUGGAAUAUGAUGAGAUGGCAUAUACGACUUGGCAAUCGAAAGGCACUCCAAACGCAAAUCUUGAUAUCCCCCGAAGACAACAGCCCGAUUUCCGAAAACAAAAUAAAAGCAUUUAUACAUUAAUAUUACCGAUUACCCAUGCAAAGCACUUCACACACAAACCAGAUAAAGGUCUUUCGGGGUAAGCGCUAUCGCUUAUCUCCAGACAAGACGACAAAAGGUUCUCCGGCCGAACGGGGCAUAGCUAUAUAAAAACCUACCGCCGGCUUGUCCACAAAGCCAAACACACAAAUCGAUCGAACAUGGUCAAGACGUUGGCAACCUUGCUCAACCUGUUCUCGGGUCUGGUGCUGAUCGGCGCCUUGGUGCCGGAUAUGGAGUUGCGACAGGAAUAUCGCAUCGAACCGCAGCAAUAUCAACAGCUGAUGCGGCUGCAGAGUCUGGGCAUGGAUUUCAUGCAAUACUUUCAAAACAUAACGUUGCAAGACUUGGAUAUACCCAGCACACGUCUGCCCAGCAAGGAGGAUCUGCAGUGCCUGGCCGACAUGAGUCUGUGGAUGAAGGGUCUAACCACCGGCCGCUAUUGGUCCCUGAAAAUGAUUGAUGCCUGGGGCUCGAUUCCGUCGGGCAUACUCUAUCUGAAUCUGGUGGAUGUUGGCAACUAUGGCGAAUGCAUCAAGAUUAGCCAGGAUGCCAUUAGGGGCAAAUACUGCCUGGUCGAGUUGCCCUUUUUAGGUUUACUGGGCGUUGAUUCGUCCAUCAUACGUAGCAGCAAGCUCAAGAUUGGCAUUUGCUUUCCCGCCACCUGUACGGCGACGCAUAUGGACACGUUCCUGAACAAGAUUGUCCAGCAGGCUCUCGGCGUGACCAGCACGGCGGAGCUGGUGAAUGCCAACAGUUGCCGCACCAAUGAAGCUCAACCGCUCGAUGGUCUAACCAUAUUGGCAAUUGUGCUCCUCUCCGUAUUCGCUGCACUCGCACUUCUUGCCACGUUAUAUGAUUAUUUUCUGUGCCCCGAUCAAACUCGUUUGCCGUCCUUGAUUAGGGUCUUUUCCAUACGCGCCACAUCUCGUGCACUGUUCCGCAUCAGCCAGCCCAGGUCCAAUCCGAAUGUCAUCGAUUGUCUGCACGGCCUGCGCUGCAUGUCCCUCAUCUGGGUGGUCUUUGGACACGAGUACAUGUUCGGCAUGGUUGCUCCCAAUGUAAACAGAGGCAGUGUGCUCUAUUGGCUCGAAAGACCUUUCGCUCAGCUCAUCGUACACGCCGUGUUCUCCGUGGACACGUUCUUCUUCCUGAGCGGCCUGCUGGUGGUAAUGAUUGCACUGCGUUCCAUGGAACGGACAAAGGGCAGGCUGAAUGUCCCACUGAUGUAUCUACAUCGCUAUCUGCGGCUCACCCCUCUGCUGGCCAUGGCCAUACUGGUCUACAUGACGAUGAUACCCGUGCUGGUCGAUGGUCCGCUGGAUAAGGAUGGCUUUGAUGAUUACAGCAAAUGUUCACGCACCUGGUUUUUGACGCUGCUCUAUGUGCAGAACUAUGCCACCGAUGAUAUUUGCCUCGGCCAUAGCUGGUACCUCAGCGUGGAUAUGCAGAUGUAUCUACUCUCACCCAUACUGCUCUUUGCGCUCUACAAAUGGGGCAAGAAGGCCGCCAUUGGGGCUGUGAUCCUAAUUGUGCUGUUAACCAUUUGGCUAUUUACCGUCAUGAUGGUCAAGAAUAUGUCCAUGUUCGUCAAACACUUACCGCAUUAUCUUCUUCUUUGGCUGGUUUGCAGAAACGUUGGAAAUGGUCCAAAUGGUCGAAUACUCUAUUUCGGCACACACAUGCACGGCACACCAUGGCUAAUUGGCGCCGUUUUUGGUUAUUUCCUGCAUGCGAAUCGUGGCAAAUCCUUCAAGCUGAACCGCAUUGCCGUCUGGUCCGGCUGGGUGUCCGCCCUGGUCAUAUUCUUUCUGUGCGAAUUUGUGCUGCUGCCAUAUGUUGAAUGGACCGGUCCGGAUUUGUCGCAGCUAAGCGAUGCCCUCUACUAUUCGCUAACCCGCAUUGGCUGGCCCAUCGGACUCUGCUGGGUGGUAUUCGCCUGCAUGCAGGGCUACGGCGGCAUGGCCGACAGCUUCCUCUCCAGCCCGCUGUGGCAGCCGCUGUCGAAGCUCUCCUAUUCGGCCUACGUGUGGCACAUUAUGAUACAGGAAAUAAAUGGGCGACGUGUCCAGACCAACACAUACUUCUCCAACUACGAAAUGAUGCUGAAAUUCUGGGCGGACUUUGGCUUCACCCUGCUGACCGCCUAUUUCAUGUACAUCAUCAUCGAGGCGCCGCUGAGCGGCCUGGAGAGCCUGAUGCUGCCCAGCCCAAAACCAGUUAUCUCCGUCGAGUCCAAGCGGGCGGCAACCGCGGCACCAGCUCCACAGCUCGCCGAGAAGUCGCCCAUUCCGCAGCCGGCGUCUGAUCUGGAAGCGGGCCCGGCUGGCGCGUCGAGUGCGCCACCUGUGAGCACAUAAUCUUUGUAUUAGUAUAAAUAUUUAGGUUCUUUUUUUUUUUGUUUUUGUUAUUUAUAUAAUAUUUAUAUAAACUUAUGCUCAAGUAGAAACUAAGCUAAACUAAACUUAUUUAAAUAAAUAUAUAUUUAAACUAUGAAACGAACUUGUUUUGUGGAAUUAAGGGAAUUUAGAAUAAAAGCGUGUGGUU